GGAGAAAUGAUGGUGUGUUAUCCGGUCGGCGCCGCGGCGCACUGCCACUGCCCGCUCCUCCUCCCCCACCGCACGCCGGCGACGACCGCCCUCCUGCAGCGCCGCCUCCUCCAGCCGUGGUUACAAUCCCGCCGGCUCCCCUCCUCAGCUGGGCGGCCAUGGGGGCGCCGCCACGCCGUCGACCCCGACGAUGCCUUCCUCACGCUCGACCUCGACGAGCUCGAGGGCCUUGACGGGGACGACGACGACGAGGACGGGUCGUCGCCGUGGGAGGGCGCGCUGGUGUACCGGCGCGACGCGGCGGCGCACCACGUGGAGUACGCCACCACGCUCGAGCGCCUGGGCCUCGCCGACCUCUCCUCCUCGCACUCCAGGGCCCGCGCCGCCGCCAUGGGCAUCCUCCCCUCCACCAAGACGAAGCCCAGGGACGGCGCGGAGACCACGCCCGUGCUCGUCUCCGUCGACGUCACCAGGCGCCGCGGCCGCCUGCGCCUCGACGGCAUCGUGCGCACCGUCAUCACCCUCGGCUGCUACCGGUGUGCCGAGCCAGCGCCACAAGGUAUAUUCGCCAACUUCUCCCUCUUACUGACAGAAGACCUGGUGGAGGAACCUGACGUGGUUGACCUCGGCACCGUAUACGAAGAAGACACUACCAAGUUCCCUUCAGUGACCGGGAGCCAGGACGAAGACGACCAAGACAUCGACUGGGAUGACCGUGUGCACUUCCCGGCCAGUGAGAAGGAGGUGGACAUCUCGAAGCACAUCCGGGACAUCAUCCACCUGGAGAUCACACUGGAUGCCUUCUGCAGCACAAGCUGCAAGGGUUUGUGCCUUACCUGCGGCAUGAACUUCAACACGGGCAGUUGCAGCUGCACCGAGGAGGAGGAGUUGCAGGACAAGGAUGUCAAGAGAGCGGGUACUUUCAGAAACCUGUUGAAGCCGUUGCAAAAUCGACGAUGAUGACGUUGUGAACGGCGUCGCGUAGGUAGGGUUUUUGUGAUGUUUUUAUAGAAGGGAUUUCGUGAUGUGUCGUGAUAAUAAUCUUGUAACGUCUGUGUUGAACUGUGUUUUUGGUGUUCAAAAGUUGCUGCUCUUAGAAGGAUCAUAGGUUCAGGUAUUACGAAAAGGCUACUCAAAAUCGUUGUCUUUACGCUCAUCCUGUAACAUCUAUCUGUAUAUGUCGUCAGAAAGAAUUGACAGAAACUGUUGCUGGCAAUGCUUUAUUUUGUAUGUAGAAAUCCAGGCCAAUGUUCUGGUCGAUUGGGAACAAUA